AUGGGGAAUUUUAGAGACAAAGGCUCUGAUCACAUUCGUCGGGGCACAGAAAGAAAAGCAGCAGAUAUUUGGAGCGUAAUCAGUGCAAAGCUACAUCGGUUAGGAUACAGUAGAACUGGAAGUGACUGUGAAUCAAAAUUCAAGUCACUGAAACGCACGUACACAAGGAAGAAGCAAGAAAAGGCAACUGGGCGUGAAGGGAAGAAGUGCGAAUUCUACAGUCUAAUGGAUGUCCUCUUUUGCAGAGGAUGCAGACCAUACUGCUCCAUGCUCCGACUCAUCCGACCUGUCUUCGACAAGAUCCGAAGCACAACGUGGGCUUCUAACGAACAGUGCAAGCGGCGACGCCCUGUACGCGUGCUGGAGGCCAUUCUCCAGAACCUGCAGAGGUGGGGGAAAGAAGAGAGGGAGCGCUACCGCCACCAACUGAAGAUGCAAAGAAUCAAAAUGAAACUCUUGACAAGGCUGGUCGACACGCAAGUGCACAGGUGCUAAGAAAGUUGCAAAAAAGAUACUUUUUUGUGCCUUGUUCUUUUUUAUUUAUUUGUUGCUGUGCUUUUACCAAGCAGAUGCGCAGUUCACUAGUUCAACUUUGUUAAUUAGCAAUAGCCGACAAUUCUUUACGCAAGAAAGGUGUGUUCGAAUGGUAGUACAGUUCGUAGUUGUCAGUUGCUACCGGUGGUUAAUUCUUUAUGAGGCUGUGCUAUACACUGUGCUAAAGACUGUGCUAAACACCAAUUGGUGGUAGACUGGUUAUAUUGCACUUUCAUAUUUAGUCAG